AAACUAACUCGUACUUACUCUAACUCGAAUUAUCGUAAACAGCCUACGUCAAGUAUUUUACUUGCCAACCCUGAUUCUCACGGAGGAAGAGUAUUGAAAAUUUUACAAUUGAACGCUCAAGUGCGUGCUUGUCAGUGCCGGUGCAUUAAUAUCGUCCGCCGUUAGAUUUGAUUGUCUAAUCUUUGUUUUCUAUAUUUAUAUUAUUUACAGAGAUGCCAGACAUAAAAGUUACACCACUUGGUGCUGGACAAGAUGUUGGACGUAGUUGCAUUCUUGUCUCAAUGGGUGGUAAAAAUAUCAUGCUGGAUUGUGGAAUGCAUAUGGGAUUUAAUGACGAGAGACGUUUCCCAGACUUUUCAUAUGUAGUAUCAGAAGGACCAGCAACCAAUUAUAUUGACUGCGUCAUUAUCUCUCACUUUCAUCUAGAUCAUUGCGGCGCUCUACCAUACUUUACAGAAAUGGUAGGCUAUACUGGACCAAUUUACAUGACACACCCAACCAAAGCUAUUGCGCCAAUUUUGCUCGAGGACAUGAGAAAAGUUGCAGUGGAACGUAAAGGCGAGAGCAAUUUCUUUACAUCACAGAUGAUUAAGGAUUGCAUGAAAAAAGUUGUCGCAGUCACGCUUCAUCAGUCAGUCAUGGUCGAUCCAGAAUUGGAAAUAAAAGCAUAUUAUGCAGGGCAUGUACUUGGAGCAGCUAUGUUUUGGGUUCGUGUCGGGUCACAAUCUAUUGUGUACACGGGAGACUAUAAUAUGACGCCAGAUCGACAUUUAGGUGCUGCAUGGAUAGACAAAUGCAGACCUGACUUACUGAUAUCAGAGUCCACAUAUGCAACUACAAUCAGAGACUCUAAAAGAUGUAGGGAAAGAGACUUUCUCAAAAAAGUUCACGAGUGUAUUGACCGCGGUGGAAAAGUCUUGAUCCCCGUGUUCGCUCUCGGUCGUGCCCAGGAAUUAUGCAUACUCCUGGAAACGUAUUGGGAAAGAAUGAAUUUGAAAGUACCCGUUUACUUUGCGCUCGGUCUGACUGAGAAGGCGAAUAAUUAUUAUAAAAUGUUUAUUACCUGGACUAAUCAAAAGAUUAAGAAAACGUUCGUACAACGAAAUAUGUUCGACUUUAAGCAUAUAAAGCCGUUUGAUAAAGCGUACAUCGAUAAUCCGGGUGCGAUGGUAGUGUUUGCCACACCGGGAAUGUUACACGCUGGUUUGUCCCUUCAGAUCUUCAAAAAAUGGGCACCCAACGAAGCCAACAUGGUUAUCAUGCCAGGUUUUUGCGUGCAAGGUACUGUGGGACACAAAGUCUUGAAUGGCACGCGAAGAAUAGAAUUCGAAAACCGUCAGAUUGUGGAGGUGAAGAUGGCCGUAGAGUACAUGUCUUUCUCUGCUCACGCUGACGCGAAGGGAAUAAUGCAACUGAUACAGUACUGCGAACCGAAGAACAUUAUAUUGGUGCACGGGGAGUUCGCUAAAAUGGAAUACUUAAAGGAGAAGAUUAAGCAAGAAUUCGGUACUAACUGUUACAAUCCUGCGAACGGUGAGACUUGCGUUAUCACGACGACAUCUAAAGUGCCGGUAGAUGCUUCUCUAGCGUUGCUCAAAACCGAGGCGAAAAGAUAUUCAGCUCUACCGCCAGAUCCGAAGAAACGGAGGCUACUUCACAGUGUUUUAAUGUUAAGAGAAGAUGGUGUAUGUCUGGUAGAUGCAGAUGAGGUUGCGAAAGCCGCUGGUAUCACAAAACACGUAGUGCGAUUCACAUCUACUGUGCAAGUGAGGGAUCCUGGUCCAGCGCAUGCUACCACUUUGAAACUAUUGCAGCCGUUAAAAGAAAGAUUGUCAGGUUGGACGGUCCAACUAACAGAUGGCUCAAUAUCAGUUGAGUCAGUUUUAGUGAAGGUAGAAGGAGACGAAGACGAUCAGAAGAGUGUCUACGUUUCGUGGACUAAUCAAGAUGAGGAUCUAGGUAGCUAUAUCCUCGGGUUUCUGCAAACAAUGUUAAAUUAGAAUUAGUAAUGCGAUGAAUCAUUAUCAAGCGUGAGAGAUACUUUUCUAAUCUGUGAUACUGUAAGAAUGUACGAACAAUUAUAAUUUACUUUGCUAUAAAAAUACUGCGACUAUAUAUAAAACAAAAAUAUAUUUUCAAGUAAAGCAGUGUCGUAAAUACUGCUAAAUGACGAUACAAUGUUAUUUUCUAUGUCUCAAAAUGUUUGUACAUACUCGAGUAAAAUAAGACGAAAAAAUACAGAAUUUUGAAAUAAAAUAUCAUAGCAAAUUCACCUGUCACUUUUUCUCAAGCGAGAAAAUUUAAUUGUAAAUAUGUUAUCUAUUUUGAAAAUUCGCAUAAAAACAUCCUACGUUUUUACAUAUGUAACUAUAAUAUACAAUAAUUACUAUAUAUUCUAUAGGAUAAAAACUUGCACACUCUUUAGUAGCUAUCUAUAACGUAUCCUGUGAACGUUUCAAAGAUUUUAUUAAAAGUAGAAUGCAAAAUGCAAAAAAAUAGUACUAUCUUGUUAAUGCUCUAAUAUUGAUCUGAAAGUACAAAUUUCAGACUAAAUUGUUUAAAACUAGGUUACUUAUAUAAGUCAAAACAUAUGUGUUUUUGUACAUUAUUUAUAGUAAUAUGUGUAUAUACAACCAUUAAUAAAAAUUAACAUUUAUUUAA